CUUCACGCCUCCUCGGUUUACUUAUGAUCUACCUCUAGCAUCGUUUUUGGUUAUUGCAAGACACCGCAACUGGAUCCUUGCGAAAUGAACAAGCUCCCUCUUCGUUGUCUUCGCUCUGUGCGGUCGAAUGCUCGCACUUUCAGCACCUCCAGAAGAGUCGCCGCCGAUCAUGUGAGAAUAGUGGAAGUCGGCCCAAGAGAUGGCUUGCAGAAUGAAAAGAAGACAAUAUCUCUGGAUACAAAGCUAGAGCUCAUCAGAAGACUAGCACAGACGGGUGUCACACAUAUGGAAGCCGGUUCGUUUGUACCGGCGAAAUGGGUGCCUCAGAUGGCCUCGACUGCAGAAAUCCUAGAAACUAUCCUAACAAAUCCACCAUCUGCGCCUCAAGGUAUCGCUUAUAAUUACCUCGUCCCCAACAUUCGCGGCUUGGACAACCUCGUCAAGAUAUUCCAGGCGAAAGGCGCAAAGAACCCUACUGGAUACCCUACACCUCCUCCCUCCCCCUCACCCGAACAAUCAGAGGGCCAAACUCCGGAAGCGUCCUCCUCGAGCCCAUCGGACAACUCGACAGAGAUAUCCUUGUUCGCAGCCGCGACCGAAGCCUUUUCACAGAAAAAUACAAACUGCAGCAUCGCGGAAAGCCUGGAAAGAUGCAAGCCAAUUAUGGAACUUGCGAAACAACAUGAUAUCCGUGUGAGAGGCUACGUAUCUGUGGCAUUAGGAUGUCCAUACGAAGGUCCGGACGUCGAUCCACACAAAGUCGCCGAAAUAACAGCCAGUCUACUGGAAAUGGGGUGUGACGAGGUUUCCGUGGCAGACACCACGGGGAUGGGCACUGCCCCGCGAACGCGGAAAUUGCUACAGACUUUGAAAGAGGCGGGUAUACUGGAUGAAGACCUUGCCCUUCACUUUCACGACACGUACGGAAUGGCUCUGGUCAACACGGUCGUUGGACUCGAGCACGGAAUCAGGAUAUUUGACAGUUCUGUUGGAGGACUUGGUGGGUGCCCUUACAGCCCUGGAGCAACUGGCAAUGUGGCGACCGAGGACUUGGUGCAUUUGUUGCACAGCUUGGGCUGCGAGACGGGCAUUGAUAUGGCCAAGAUGGCAGAGAUUGGAGAUUGGAUCACCAAAGAGUUGGGCAAAUCCAACAGCUCGAGGGCAGGGAAAGCCACGUUGAGCAGGUUGAAUAAGUCAUGCUCAUAGUUUUAGAGAAGAAAUCAGUGAGUACUCCGUGUAUAUAUGCCUCUUUUGAUCUCCCUGUACGUAU